AUGGCUUGGAAGCAAAGAGCUUUCUACUCGCGUGCGAUCUGUCCAUCGCACAAGGCGUCAGCGAAAGCAGUGACGAAAGCCAAAGCUGAUUCCUGGGAGAAGUUGGAUGAGGUGAUGGAGUCGAAUUUCCAGACGGCAAACAAAGUAUACUUGGAGACCAUUCGCUGGCUUCGAGUUGACGACAAUGCCAUUCUGGAUCUGUACUUCACUAGCUUUAACUGCAGGAUUCCGGACGGAUUUGAAGAGAUCAUGCUGGAACAGACUUUGCUCUAG